GAGGGAGCGAGAGCCUUGAUUGGCCAAGUUCCUGUUGGUAGUAAUAGCGGAUCAGAUAUCAAACUUCUGUCUUUCCUAAGGACCCUUUAGGAAUAGUCUGCUCCCUGCUAGACUAUGACAUCAGUCAGGACACCCGGUGAUGUUGCUGAUAGUAAACUUUGAGAAAGGAGGGGAGGGGGUGGAUAGAAAGGAGGGGUCUGCUUGCUGAUGUUAACUAGCCCAACACAGUGCAAAGGCAUGCAGUAGGUUUUCGUAGCGGGUUAGUGCUGGAUGAGACCAAACUUCCCAAACUUUUCUGCUGCUUUCUGCAGUCACCUAUACUCCAAGGAGGGCUAGAUGAAUUGUGAUCCUUUGGUUGUGGUCAGCUUCUCUUCUUGGUGCCGGUUUAUGAUUUGAACCGAGGGGCUUUCUGACCCUGGGAAUUUUCACAAGGCUUCACCAUGACACUUCUGGGGUCUGAGCAUUCUGUGCUGAUUCGGAGCAAAUUCAGAUCAGUUUUACAGUUACGGCUGCAGCAACGAAGAAGCCGAGAGCAGCUUGCCAACCAAGGCAUCAUGCCACCGCUGAAAAGCCCUUCUCCCUUCCAUGAGCAAAAGAAGAGCUUGGAGAGAACCAAGACUGAAGAUUAUUUAAAGCACAAGAUCCGAAAUAGACCUGAGCAUUCUGAACUGCUUGAUAUGCACAUUGUUCAAGAUUCAGCUGCAGAAGAAUCCAUUCAAACUAGUCAGAUGAAACUAAAACGAGCUCGUCUUGCAGACAAUCUGAAUGAAAAAAUUGCUCUUAGACCAGGACCUCUGGAGCUGGUGGAGAAGAAUAUCAUUCCCAUUGACUCAGCUGUGAAAGAGGCCAUCAAAGGUACCCAAGGAAACUUCACUAAAUCUUCAGAUGCCUUUGCUUUUGAAGAAGAUAGCAGCAAUGAUGGGAUGUCCCCAGAGCAAGUUAAAAGUGAGGAUUCUCAGGGGUCUACAGAAUUAGCAGCAAGAAUCAAAAUAGCUGAAGCAACAUUUCCUUCAGUGUCUGGGACAACUCAGGGUCAUUCCCAUAGUUCUGAAAAUGAUACGACUGAUUCAUCAUCUCUGCAAAAUAGCCAGCCAGAGAGUCCAAAACAGCUCAAUGGGCAGCAGACACCUCCUAUUCCUAUUACUACAUCUGUAAAGUCAAAAUCCUCAAGUGAUGGCAAGAAUCGCCAUAAAAAACCUAAGGAGAUGAAGCCCAAAGUGAAGAAGCUAAAGUAUCACCAAUAUAUUCCACCAGACCAGAAGGCAGAGAAGUCUCCUCCUCCCAUGGACUCUGCCUACGCCAGGCUACUGCAACAACAACAGCUCUUCUUGCAGCUCCAGAUCCUUAGUCAACAACAGCAGCAUCGGCACCAGCAGCAGUUCAAUUAUCCUGGGUCACAUUCCUCUCAGCUAAAACAACCAAAUGAGCCUAAAAUCUCAGGCUCUUCCCCUACGACAAUCACCAAUAAUCCUCUUUCUCCAGUGAAGGGAACCUUUUCUGGGCCAACUUGCAUUUCAUCCCUCAAACCAGGUCCUCUUCCAUCCAAUUUGGAUGACCUUAAAGUGUCAGAAUUAAGACAGCAACUCCGAAUAAGGGGACUUCCUGUGUCAGGUACAAAAACAGCCUUGAUGGAACGUCUUAGACCCUUUCAAGAGUGCAGUGGAAAUUCAGUGGCAUCUUUCAAUGAAAUAACCACUGUCACUUUCCCAGUAACUCCAACAAGUUCUCUCUCCAGUUAUCCAUCGCAGUCUUCUACCAGUCUGUUAUCCAAUGGCUUUUACCAUUUUGGCAGCACUAGUUCCACUCCACCCAUCUCUCCAGCGUCCUCUGACCUUUCAGUGAAUGGCUCCUUGCCAGACAGUUUCAAUGAAGGACCAAUGUCAUCCCCACAGUUUGUCUUGCACCCGUCACCUGUGCAAGGUGGUUGUGAGGAGAGCCUGGUGGGAAGUAUCAAUGGAGCUGGCAUCCAGCACGAUGUUGAAAGGGUUGACACAGAGAAAGACAAAAUGCUGGUGGAAAAGCAAAAGGUAAUCAAUGAGCUGACUUGGAAAUUGCAGCAGGAACAGAGGCAAGUGGAAGAGCUGAGAAUGCAGCUCCAGAAGCGCAAAAGAAGCCAUGGACUGGAAGAUAAGCAGCCACCAGCACGGGUGUUUGGUUUUCCAGUCAAGCAGGAGAAUGCAGUGUCCAGCUGCCCAUUUGCCUCUAAGCAAGCUGCCUUGAAAGGUAAGGCUAGCAAUUCUGAGGCUUUAAGUAACUGUGGGACACCUCAGAUGCCUCAUCUUGUAAAUAGCCAUUGCAUGGAACCUUCUGGACAAAAUGGCAUACUGUCCUCCACAUUCCUAAGCCCACAGUGCUCUCCUCAGCAUUCUCCACUAGAGGCAGUGAAGAGUCCUCAACAUAUCAGCCUUCCACCUUCACCAAACAGCCAUUAUCUUCUCUCUAUGUCUCCUAGCCAUCAGGGAGACGGACGCAGCAGUUCUCCACAACCUAGCCGCCAUUUGUGCACAUCUCUGGUGCCGACACAAGGGGGCCCAAAGUAUUCCAUUCUGUCUGCCAGCUUUUGUAAGUCCAGUGCUGCUCUCCCAGACGGAAAACAGCCUCCACCUUAUGCUGAUGCUGUAAAACAGCAAAUGACUCAAAGUCAGCAGAUGGAUGAACUACUAGAUGUGCUUAUUGAAACUGGAGAAAUGCCUGCAAAUGCUAAAGAGGACCGCCCUUGUCUUCAGAAGGUACCUCAGAUAACAGUGUCUUCAGGGACUUCUGGAACACCCUUGUUACUAAAGGCAUCCACUUCAUUUGAGCAAAACACCUCAAAUCAGCUCUCCUUUGAACGCUGCUCUAGCAAUGAGAGUCAUUUGGAAAUCUUGUUAAAUUCCCACAGUCCUCUCAGGCGGUCAAGUGAAGUCACCCUUCUGAAAUUGGGUACUGAGGAACCUCACUUUGAUGGAGCAAUGGAAGGAUUUUCUAGCAAAGCUGCUGAUGAAUUAGUUUCACCCCAUGAGAUCCUGCCAACUCCCCUCUCGCCCAUGGAGACUCAGUUGUCUCCCUCAUCUGGUGAAGGACCUGGUUUGCACAUGAGCUUCACAGAGUCUCCCUGGGAAACAAUGGAAUGGCUGGACCUCACACCACCAAGCUCAGCCAAUGGUUUUGGUUCCCUUACCACUUCAGGGCCCAGCAUCUUCAACAUUGAUUUCUUAGAUGUUACUGAUCUCAACUUGAAUGGCACUAUGGAUCUGCACUUACAACAGUGGUGAUGAAAGUAAAGCUUAAGAAUGGAGAGGAAACCUACCACAAGUAAUUUCCAUGGAAACAAUUAAAAGACUAUUUCAGAAUGCUCUGGAAUAAUCCAGAGAGAGCAAAAAGAACUGGAGACAUUUCCCCCAGGACAUAAUUUAUCUUUGCAUCAUCAAUGGAUUCAACCAAAUGACUAUUUCCUUUUCCUGCUACACUCAAAAUAAAGAAUCCUUCAUUUCUAAUACAAAUUCCUCCUUACCCUUUGUAAGCAAAUCCAAUUGCUUAUUAUCAAUUCCAACCUCUUCCAGGAGAUUCUCUAUGCAAGACAACUGUACAUUGCCCAAACUUGUCAGUAUUAAUCCUAACAGGUUUAUCAAACUAUAUGACUCUGUUAUGGACAUAUUUGUAGAUCCAAUACACUGCUCCUUGGGAAUCCUUGCCCUUCAUGCUUAUCAUAUAUAUAUAUAUAUGAACAGUUUUACUGGGGAUUCCCACCCCCCACUCCUUUUCAAGUCAUCUUGCUCAGAUCGUCAACCUUUUACUAUCAAUUUUCAAAACUGAAAUAAUCUUCCAGUGUUUCCCUGAAUAUUUCUCCCUCUUUAAGUUUAUUUAUUCCUCUUGUUUUCUCAGUUUUAAAGAUACAUGCAGCAGACCUGAAGUAAUAUGACUUAUUCUAUAGUGGGCACUCUCCUUGGAAAAGAUUUCAAAAUGGAACAAGAAAAUGUAGAAAUAAGAGGUCUUUAAUUGAGAGUAAUUGGAGGAGAGCCUCCAUGGCCCCAUCAAUGUUCUGCUUUAAAGGUACAUUCCUCCUUUAAUAAGUACUUGUCUCAUUUUUUAAUUUUUUUUAUUAAAUUAAAAUGUAAACACAUAUAUAUAUGUAUAUAAUUUGAGAUACAUAAAAGUUAUAACAGAUCAGUACGUAACUAAUAUUAAUCCAUCAUUCAAAAUCUUUGAAACAUUUGACAUUCUGAACAUAAAUUUUGUCCGUGACCCAUAAUUAGAAAUACCGAAUAUCCAUAUCAUCAACAAUAAAUUCACCAUAAGCAAUAGAGUCUUCACCAUUUAUAAGAUACAGAAGACAGGGAAGAUAAAACCUUUGAAUUCAGAAAUCUCUAUUCUUCUUCAGAUCUAUUCUUAUUGGGUUGCCAUGUCUUUAUGAAUGUUCCAAAUAGCUUUAUUCAGUAAGUCCCAAUGUUUUGUUGUAUUGUCCUCUUACUUCAGUCUCUUUUAUUUUGAAUUAUUUGCAUAUAUUAUUUUUGCUGCCAUUAUGGGGCAAAACAACAACCAUAUCCUAGCCUUUUGGUACCGCAGAUCCUUAAAGCACAUGAAAUGAAAGUAAAAUUAGAAGAAAACCUGUCUUAAUUUAAGACCAGAAAUUGCUUGGUGUGGAACAGUACAAUUUCUGUCUCAGCUAUUACAUUUUGUUGUUGCUCUUGUUUUCUCACUUUAAUUCAUUUUUCCCUGAGAGGUCUACAUACUGCUUAAGCUGAGAUGUGUUCUGUAUAAGUGGAAAAGCAGUCUUGCUGAAUUUCUUUGAUUUCUUCACUUUACUGCAACUUCCCAUGCUUCAUAUCUUGUCAUUCUAGAGCAGUGGUUCUCCACCUGUGGGUCGGGACCCCAUUUGGGGUCGAAUGACCAUUUCACGGGGGUCACCAAACCAUGCUGUCCGCCAUUUUUUUCCCUUUUCCCUAGCUGUCCUACUCCCUCUUAUUGGUGGCCACACCCACUUGGGGGUCACCACAACAUGGGGAACUGUAUUAUGGGGUCACGGCAUUAGAAAGGUUGAGAAUCACUGUUCUAGAGGAUCCAUCAACCCUCAAAAUGCAUCUCUGUGGGUUAAUAUCAAGUAAGGGAAUAAAAUCAGGAAAGCAGCAGUCUGCAAGUAAAGUUCCUUUUGGUUUUAUCUGGAUCCAAACCCAUUGUAUUAAUACUACAUUCAUUUCUAAGUUUUCUAAGUGAAUAAUCUUGCUGCUGUCAGGAUGAUAAAAUAGUGGAUUGUCCACAUCUUCAGAAAUCUUGGUAGCUAGUUUUGGAAAGAGAUGACUGAAGCUGUGUUUUUACUUUUCACUAAUUAAUACAAACAGCUCCAAAAACGCCUUUCAAUAAACAAAUUGUUUUCCCAUGACUAGUGAAAGGCAUUACUUCUAAGUUCUUCUUCAACCCAGACUUAAUAUUAUGAAUUACAAAUCUUAUCAUACCUAGCCACGACAGGCAAAAGUUGCAGGUUAUUCAUAUUUAGUAAAUUCUGAAUUAAUGGUAAUAGGUAGCAUAUAAAUUGGAUUAAGAUCCCUAUAUUUAUUCAAAAACAUCCAAAUCUUUAGAUAACACAGCCUCACUUUGUGUAUAGGUGUAGGUUCUGAUGCUUUGGGUCCAGAGGAUUCCAACUUUCCCUUAGUCCCAUCCCAUUUUCCUGUCAUUCUUCCACUACAGACUGUCUUACUCCAUAGCAUUUCUCUAUCCUGAAUCACCAGAAAUCAGUCAAUAAUAAAUAAAAUGUCUCAUUACUGUUAUUUUUCCAAUAUGGCUGUGCUAUAAAAAAUGUAACUGAUUUGAACAAUGGCAACCCCUGAUAAGCUAUAACUUUUGUUUUGAUAUUUACCCAUUUCUUUUUCAUUUUAAUCUCCUUUUAUUUUAAGAGAGUACGAAAGUGGGAGGGGGGGGAACCUUGACUGGAAAAAAAACUGUUUUAAUAUUGCUUCUGUCUUGCUUAGACUUAAGUGAAAAUAAUUUAGUUUAGAUAAUGUUCCAUUCGUGGCCUUUGAUAUGACAACCUCAUGCCUACAUUUCAGUAUUUCUUCCAAAGAAUGAUCUGUGUUAUAUGAUACACUUUGUGAAACAACAACAAAAACUAUUUUUAAUCUAAUCUCUAUCUCUAUAUUACUUUGAAUAACUUUCAAUAAUAGCUCCAAAUAUAAAUUCAGUUUGGAGGAUAAAAACAGCUUUCUGUCAUGUGCCAAUCCAAAUUGGGCAGUUUCUCAUUAAUGAAAAGUUUAUUUUCCAUUAUUUGCUUAAAUUCUUGUUUUCGUUAAUGCAAAAAUAUUGAAUGCAAAUUUCCCUGCAUUCAAUAUUUUGUAGGUUUGUUCUCAGAAUGUUUUUAUAAUUAUCCAUGUCAGUUGAGAACUGGAAAAAAAAUGUUAAAACAUCUCUAGGAUUUAAUAAUUUGGAACAUGGGUAUCCUGCAUUUUUAUAAACAAAUCAUCCAGAAGACAUAUCUUUCAGAAUUAACCUUAAAAUAAGUUGCAAUUUGUCUGAUCAUUUUUCUCUAUAAAUAUCAUCUCUCACUAGGACUUCACUCUAUUUCAGUUAUGCUUAUUCUCUUGUAAAUGGAUAUUAGCUAUUAAGCUAUUAUGUCAUUUAAAAGUCUACACUUGCUUUUUCAAACCUACAUCAGCUGUGUGGAAAGUCAUUCUUCAGUAUUUUUUCUGAAACGUUUAAAAAUCAGGUUGCUUUGAUUUUUUAUUCCAAAAAGGGGAGUCUUGCUAAUUCACUGAUUCAUUCUACAUCCCUUGAAAUUUAAAGCAUGCAUAGAAUAUGUUGUACAGUCUUAAUAGUAGUUCCAUAUUCAUUAUUUAAAGAAUUUUUAUUCACCAUCUUAGCUGUCUGCCAAAUAUACUUUUUCUUUCUUUCUUUCUUUUUCUAUUUAAUUAAAAAAGUGGCCAAACUAUUACUGUUUUCCUGCAAAAGACUAAAAUGUCUUUGGUAAUGGCAUUUCCUUUAACAAUUUGGUCCUAAAUAUAUCUUGUUAACUUAAAUGUUUUUAAUUUAACUAUUAAUUCAUAAAUAAAAAACAAAUGUAUACAUAGGCAAUGAUGGGUAAUAUAUGGAAGAAAUAUUUAAGGAAAUGUCAGUUUAGGAAAUUCCUAUGAAUUUAGAGGACCAAUUAUUAUAAUGUAAUAUGUUUAUAAUAAUGUAACGGAACACAGUAAGUUCAAUAAUGUGACUUAUUCUCCACAUACAUAAGAUAGCCAGGGUGGCCCAGGGGCUAAGAUGUUGAGCUCGGAGCAAAGAGAGUGAGAUUCCACUUCACCUUCAUCACCGAUGCUUCCUGGGUGACUUUGGACCAUCACUCUCUCUUAGCCCAACUGGUUUCAUGGGGUGGUUGCUAUAAUGGGGGGGGGGGGCAAAUAAUGAAUGCUAGCGCUAUACAUCCAUCAAUUUGUAUCCAUCUUGAACUACUGAAUAACAAGAACAAAGGAGAAUGAAAAAGCUACAAAAGCAAUUCAUUAAAUAAGCAAGUAAAAGCAACUUUUUUAAAAAAAACCCAGUCCUUCUGGGAUGCACUUUAUUUAGAUCAUUUCCUCAGCAACUCUUUUUGAGUAUCUGCUAAUAGUUUCCCUAUCUACAUAGUAAGAUAACUUCUUAUCUUAGACAGGAAGGAAAAACAGAUUGUAGAGACAUUCCAUGAUAGGGCUAUCCUAUCUGGUCUGCAACCAGUCAAGACUACCAUUAUUUAGCUAGUGGGCACAGGGAGAAAUGUGCUGCAAUCCUUGGAAUUUUGCAGCUCUGCUCCUCCACUGACUGUUUUGAGUGAGCAAACUUAGUUCACUAGAAUUCUAGCAUCGGCACCAAACAGCCAUGAAAGGAGCAAUCCCACUUUUUAUAUUUUUUAAAAGUCUAACAUUCACCUCAGGUCCCUUCAAAUGCCUACCAAGUGUCUCCCCAAUGCUUGACACAUACCCAAAGUUGCUGCUCUAGCAGCUCUGUCAGUCCAAUAGAUUUGGAAUGAUGGCCGUAAGAGUAUCUACUGGGUGUGGUAAAAAAUGACAAAAAAGGGGGGGAGCCAUGUUAACUUUUUUGAGCACAUCCUGCAAACACUUUUGGAUGAGUCCAUCUUUGCUUUGCCUCUUCCCCAUCUAGAGUACAAGUGGAAUGUACCGCUAUCCUAAAAUAUUCUAUUUUAGGAUAGCGGUACAAAAGUAAAUGUAAGUUCCAACAUCAGUUCCUUCUUUUUCCUAUGACAAAGCAACAUUUUUAAUUCCUAGAAUUACAAACGAUAGGAGUACAUGUAUAUGUAGAGAGUGUGAAAGAGAAAGAUACGUAUCUUUCAGUAAAAUUGUGGUGAAGAUUUUUGAUGUUUAGUAAGAAUAUCCAGGACAUUUGGAAAGUAUUUUAGCAGCAGAAACAAGUGUCAAUAAACCAAGUGAACAUUCCUAACCACCGAGAUAUUGGUUUGUAUAUCUCAUACAUUCUUUCUUUAUCAGAGAUAGCAAAAUAGGCAAAUACCAUAUAAAACGAUUGCAGAAUUUAAAGCAAUAUUAAAUAGGGUUGUGCACUGAAAGCUGUCAAUUUGUAUUAGCAUGUAGACAUUAGAAGACAGAUGAACCAGGAUAUUUUCCAUACAAACACAGUUUUAAGCACCAUGGCUUAUGAGUAAUGCUAUUUAAACUCAGAAAAUAAAAUGUGUAUGUUGGACAAUGACACAUUAGUCUGUGAAUGCAAUUUGAUACAAUAAAUCUGUAUGCAGCAUCACUCAGCUAUCCCUCACAUGUGUCAAAGAGCAAAACCUAGAAAAUAGUAAGAAUGAUUUAAAAAAAAAAAAAAAAAAAAGCUAGGACAAAUGUGGGCUAAUUAGAUUGAACUGCAGGAGACCUAGCUGUAAGUUUCCAGGACCAAAAUUGAACAAAAAUAGCAGUGUUCUUUGCACUAAUGCAAAAUUUCAAGAAAUUUCAAGGAAUAAUAAAGCAGAUGCAUUUUAUUUAAGCUUUAGCAUAAGCAACAUUUUAAACCAAGCAAUACUAUGUAUUGAAAGGAAAGCAAAAACAAGACUUUCCACACUUAUUUUCAUUAAAAAAAAUCCUUUUUUCCUACUCCCAAGGAAAAUAGCCCUUCUCAUCCAUCACUCCAAGUAUAUUUGGAGCUACAUGAAAACAAGAGGUAGUUUUGUAGGGUAAAAUCAUUUUAGCAUCAACACAUUUGUCUGUCUUCUAUCCCAAUCCACUGAAAUUCAGUUUAAACUGUUUAAUUCAGUUUUCCUUCAAGUUGUCACAUGCUUUAUUUCCUGAAACAAUAUACAUUCUGACUAGUAUCUUUCUUGUUUUCUUACAUGCAUCAUUCAUUGUAGCAAGUUGAAGGCAUCCUUUUCCUAUUUAGUUUUUGCUAAUUUUAGACUAUGUGCGGAAUGAUUAUGCAUAAGAAACAAAACAUAAGACAAAGACAAGGACAUUCAACCUUGUCCAAUAAUUGCAUUAUGUUGUUAAGAAUAAUGGAAGUAAUAAAUCAAAACUCCAGAUAGAACUUUAAAGGCAGUCAAUUUGGCUCGAAUCCACCCUCCUCCUUCAUAUGAUUUCAUCUACGGUGAAGGUAAAUUUUAUUUUAUGUCAGUCACUAUCCAUCUUGAUGUAAAAAUCAUUUUGUUUCAAAUCAAAUAAUCAGUUGACCAGUAACGCCCCGAAACAGGCUUAAAAGUCUCAAGAAUACCUCAAAAAUCUUGAUUGUCUUAAACCCAGACCAAAGCUAGAUAAGUCCCACUCAAGCAGCACAGUCCCAUGCUUUUCUCUUUAGAUAUAUGAAAUUGUAGGAAUAAGGGUAUUUCUAUCAUCCUUUAUUUGGUCACAGAGCAGAGGAGUGUUAUACUAUUUUUUCAAAAGCAAUUAGAUACCAGUCAAGUGAACCGAUAAUCAUUGCUGGAGUCUUUGGAAAAAAUAGGUGCUAUAGGCAGCUCUGUGUGCUUCAACAAUGCAAAAGACUUGCUCAUUUCUCGCCUUGAGUGAAAAUGUUUGUCACAGCACUCUUCUUGUUAUGUGGAUUCUCUGGUGGAAAAAACUAACAACAUUUUCACAGAACGAGGUACAUGCCCUGCAUUCAUACUGAGUGAAUAACACAGAGUGAUAUCCAGAUGCAAUCAGAGCUGACCAUCUCUUCUGCCUCGCUCAUUUUUAAAGUCUUCAAAUAGAGGACAAUACAAGACAUUGGCCAUUGGUGCAGUGCUUCAUAUUUCAAAGAUCUAACUUUGCAAAUAAAUAAAGCCUAUUCCCCACCAAUCAACCUUCUGAUCUGUUCCUGAACAGUAAGUUUACUAUAUUUCAAGCAAUAGGUGAUAUUUGAGGAGAAAUACAUUUAUCAAGAAACCCAAUUCAACCCUUAGUAGUUCUUUAAUUGGUCUUUCUUACUAGAAUCCAGUAAGUGCUCUUCUGCUGUAAGAUCUAUGCAGAUCAUUUUACCGAUUUUCCAUAAUUGAACAGAAUAUUAUAGGAUAUAGCAUUUUUGUGACAGAUGGGAUGGUGGUGUCCUCGAGUGUGCUUCCACUACUAAUAGUUAUGUAGAUGAGAUAUGGUACAUACAUGUGUAAAAAUGUACUUAAAACACUGUUUUAAUCUUGGUGCUGUUAGGUAUGUUAUAGUUUUUUUUAAUAUGUAUAUAUAAACUUCUUAAAGAAUCAGCAGCGCUAAUUAUUUGAUAGUACAAAAUUGCAUAGUGAUAAAUUUGUCAAGGAAAUCAAAAGCAUCAGGGGAAUAGAUGUUUAAAAUAAAUAUAUUUGUAUAUUUAUUAAAUAACUCUAAAACAAUUCAAAGCUGUUCCAUGCUUAAAAUCUAAUGGAAUGCUAAACUAUAAUUCAAUGUUACAAAUUCAUUCAAGGCAUCCAUGAAAAAUGCUGUGUUCAGAAACUAUACAUGUCUAUGACAGUUACAAAACUUUGGUUUGAUUUGUAUGGGUUCACAAAGGUUUCCUCCAAUGGGAUCAUCAAAUGGAAUGAAGAGAAUUUAUUUCCACUUCAGUAUGUAAACGUUAUUACAUUUAACCUAAAGAGCUCAGAAUGAACAUUGGGUAACUGCUAAAGAAAUAGAUAUCUAUGAUCUAGAUUCCUAUUUAGCUUUGUGUUUUGACAAAUUACUUAAGCCACCAUUCCUGGUAUGCAAAUUAUAACCCAGGAUUGAAACCACAAUUUCUGGUUUAGAUUUACAAGAGGAAGAGGAGAUAUUUUCUAUAUUUUAUUGUGAAGAGCUGGAAAACCCCAUUUUAGGAUAUUUUAGAAGAGUGUGUGAACCCACCCAUGAAAAGGAUCGGUUCACUAGGUAUCUUGCAAUACUGGUCAUCUAUUACUACUUUGGUUUUUCUCAAAAAUCUAGACACAGAAUCCAGAAGGUUCUGUGGAAGGGGUGGUAAACAAAGAAAAAUCCAUUUAUAUUUGUCAUUCCUAUUUCUUUUAAGCUUUGUAAAAAUGAGGAUUGGAACCUAAAAUUCAUUGUUUACCAAAUGAGUGUACCUAUUGGAUUUGUUUGGAAAUCAUAUUUGUGUGUGUAUCAUCAGCAUAUAAAGGACUGUGUGCCAUCAAUAUCUUCAUGAGGAAGAUCAACAGAAUGUCUGUAGACCUCACUCUCUAUAAAACUAUGGCCUUGUUAAGAUGACUAACUUCAGUGGCUGAAAUAGGAUACAAGUUAACAGUUGCUGCAUGUUAAAAAUGUUAACUGUCUGUAAAAAUCACUAUUUAACGCAUGGGUUUUCGAUUGUACAAGUGUUCACAGUGCACUAGUAGCCAGAAUAUUCUUUCACGUGCUUAUUUUUCUUUAGUUUUUAAUAUUAAUAUGCAAAGAAGUUUGAAGCCAUUCCAAUGAGACAUUUUAAAUAGCACUUGAAUCCAGAAGAGUUUUAGGUGCUACACUGUUGUGCGGUACAGAACUUUAAAGCCAGCUUUAUCCUUAUUUAAAAGGAUGCUGUUAAACUACAAAAAAAAAAAAAAAAAAAUCACACUGUAAAUAAAUACACUGCUUACCUCUGUGACCAGCACUGCUGUACUUAUUAAAAGAAUCCUGUGAUGUCACACUGAGUUUGUGUUUUAAUGUUAUUUUGUCAUGUCAAGUCUUAAUAGUACGUGCUGUUCUGUUUCCAUAUAAUAUUACUUUAAUUUCUUCUGUAGCCUAUCCAAAUGACUCAGAAUGGAUUUUUAUGUUCACCUUGAAGGAAGACAACUAUGUUUAUUGCUGGUAAAAAGACUGGACUGGAAAAAUCCUCAUCUGACUCCACUACUAUUUUGUCAGUGAAUCUAAGAAAAAGUAUACAUUUAAGGAGAAGUUAUUCAGGAAAAAAAAAAAAAAAA